AUGCUUAGAAGAGCUAUUUUAUAUGUGGCCGUUGCUGCAAUUGCAAAUGCUGCUGACACAAUCGAUCCCUUGACUGAUAUAGCAUCAUACACCGAUGCUGCAUUCCUUAUUUCUGCAAUGAAUGAGUAUCCCUAUUUAAUAACUUACUACUCUGAAUUAUUUGGGGCAGACUGGAAAAAGACAAUUCUGGAUGCCUAUGAUGAAGGGGUCUAUUCAAUGAUAUCUGAUUAUGCCGGUUAUUAUGACACUUACGGUAAUGAUUACAGUGAUUACUCUUACAGUACCAAAGGAAGUACAUCAGCGGCCAAAACUUCAUCUGGCAGCUUUUCAUCUGGAACUUCAGCAAAUAGCAGUUCUGCGUCCUCAACUUCCUCAACAGCUGGUGUAUACUCUGUGGGCGUACCCUUUGUCGGACUCUUUGCCAUGUUGGCAGCACUUUUAUAG